AAAAGACGCAAUUUUUUUCAUCUAUAAGACCCUUCUCAGAGAGAGAAAAAGAGAAGAAAAGGAGAAACACCAAACACAAACAAGAAAAACAAAAAUAAAAAAAAAUUAAAAAGAGGAGUUUGUUUGAGAACUGAACCACGCACCCUCCCCUCCAAAGAUCUUAACUUUCCAUGCUUCUUUUCUAAGGGAAUAUUUGGUGGGGUGUGGUCGAAAAGUUUGAAGAAGCUUCUCGAUUGGCGUGGCUUUGGUUCGUUUGGGUUCGAAAAGGGGAAUUCGGAACUUGCUCGAGGGCCCUGAAAAAUUUUCACUGUUGAGCUGAUAAUGUUCCAACGGUUCAGGAAGGAUUGACACAUGGAUUCUGAAGUCAAAAGGUUUGGAGGAGGACCGAGGGAGUUGACAGGAGCUGUAGAUCUUAUUAGUUAUUUCAAACUACAACCCCACUAUGACUAUUUCUGCAAGCGGCCCCUUCCAGUGUCAGUUGCAGACACACACUAUCUUCACAACAUUGUGGGAGACACAGAAGUAAGAAAAGGAGAUGGGAUGCAAUUAGAUCAACUUAUUCAGAACACUUCUAACUUCAGAGAGACAAAUGCUCGGUUACAGCCUUUCAACCUAGAUAUUCUCAAAGAAGCUUUUCAACUAAGGGAAACAACUCCUGUUGAUCUUCCCACAGCAGAGAAAGGGAUUCCAACUAUCCCAGGGAAGUCGAAAAGCGAGCACAAAGACAAAGAGAAGAAGCAUAAAAAACACAAAGACAGGGAUAGGGAUAAGGACAAGGAUAAGGAGCAUAAGAAACACAAACAUCGUCACAAAGAUAAAGACCGAAGCAAAGACAAGGAGAAGGACAAGGACAAAAAGAAAGAUAAAAGUGGGCAUCGUGAUUCAAGUGCUGACCAUUCAAAGAAACACCAUGAAAAGAAAAGGAAGCAUGAUGGAGAUGAUGAUGUUAAUGAUGUUCACAAACACAAAAAAAGCAAGCAUAAGAGCUCAAAAAUCGAUGAAUUGGGGGCGAUAAAAGUCGCAGGCUAAAAUGUUUACAUACUGUAGUUCGCGUUGUUUCUCAUUUGGUUGUUGUCGUUUGUUAAAGUCUGGUGGCAUCUUCACUUGAAAUUAACAGAUUUCGUAAGACUAGGUAGUGUUCUGACUAAGAUUGAAAGGUGAAUUCACCCCAUGAAGGGAAAAGGAAGCAGGUAAAAAAUUUGCUGGAGACAAAAAAAACUUUCUUUUUCUUUUUUGUAUAAUAACAUUUACCUUCAUAUAAUUUCCAGUAAUUUGCAGAACUUUGGUCUUCCUUUUCCUCAGUUUUUUGGUGCUCUGGAUCGAUAUAUCAACAUUAUGGAUAAUUUUUCUUUAAUUUUUUCUUAAAAAAAACCUUAGUUUACAAAUCAA